AUGUCUGGCCCCAAGAUCCCCACCGAGCAAUGGGCUCAGGUCCUCGAGUCGACCGGCGGUCCCAUCAGCUAUAAGCGGAUCCCCGUCCAGAAGCCCGGCCCCGAUGAAGUCCUCAUCAACGUCAAGUACUCGGGCGUCUGCCACACCGAUCUCCACGCCAUCAUGGGCGACUGGCCCCUCGACACCAAGCUGCCCCUCGUCGGCGGCCACGAAGGCGCCGGCAUCGUCGUCGCCAAGGGCGAGCUCGUCGAGGGCAUCGAGAUCGGCGACCACGCCGGCAUCAAGUGGCUCAACGGCUCCUGCCUCAACUGCUCCUACUGCCGACAGGCUCUCGAGCCCCUCUGCGGCAAACCCCUACUCUCCGGCUACACCGUCGACGGCAGCUUCCAGGAGUACGCCAUCGCCAAGGCCGCCCACGUCGCGCACAUCCCCAAGAACGUCUCCCUCGAGGCCGUAGCCCCCGUCCUGUGCGCGGGCAUCACCGUCUACAAGGGUCUCAAGGAGUCCGAGGCCCGUCCUGGCCAGACCGUCGCCAUCGUCGGUGCCGGCGGUGGUCUCGGCAACAUGGCGAUCCAGUACGCCAAGGCCAUGGGUCUGCAUCCCAUCGCCAUCGACGCGGGCGAUGAUAAGGCCAAGGCCUGCAAGGAGCUUGGUGCCCAGGCUUUCAUCGACUUCUCCAAGUCCAAGAACCUCGUCGAGGACGUCAAGGCCGCUACCCCCGAUGGUCUCGGCCCCCACGCCGUCAUCCUCCUCGCCGUCUCCGAGGGCCCCUUCCAGCAGGCUGCCGAUUACGUCCGCCCCUACGGCAGCAUCGUCUGCAUCGGUCUUCCCGGCAACGCCUACAUCAAGGCUCCCGUCUUCAGCACUGUGAUUCGCAUGAUCAAGAUCAAGGGCAGCUACGUCGGUAACCGCCAGGAUACCGAGGAGGCCAUCGACUUCUUCGCCCGCGGUCUCAUCAAGGCCCCUUACAAGGUCGUCGGCCUUAGCGAGCUCCAGAGCGUCUUCGACAUGAUGAAGGAGAUGAAGGUCGUCGGUCGCUACGUCGUCGACACCAGCCGGUAA